AUACCAACAUCUUACUACCUCAUCUCCAACUCCUUCCAAGUCUAAUACCGGGAAAUCUUUGGAAAACUUAUACUUCCUAAAUAUCUUUAAUCUCCCACACCUUCAAUCCAAGAAAAAACAAAAUGCACGCCUUCACUCUUCUGAUUGCUACCAUGGGCCUUGCCUCUGCAUCACCCAUCUCAAACUUCCUCUCCUCCCGCUCAUCAGCCCCCCGCGACAUCGUCGCCUCUGUAGACCGCUACGCCGGCGCCAGCUGCACAGGUAAAAUCUGCAACAUCGCCGGGUCGGGCGAUCUCGUGUCUGGAUGCAAUGCCGUUACCGAUGAUUGUGUCGCGAGUCUGAGGCUGAAUUAUGCUAACAACGGGUGUUCUGUCAAGGUUUUCGCAGACGACAAUUGCAAGCAGGAGGCUGGGUCGGUGGGAUUGCAGACGGCGGGCGUGUGCAGUGCGCUUGCUGGUAGUGAGACGUUUAAAAGUAUUUAUGUUACGUGCUAGGAGCGGAAGGAUGUUAUGACGAAGAGAUGUAUGGGGGUUAUGAAAAAAAAACAAGAGUCACGCAGUGAUGAUUAUGAAGAUUUAGAAUAAUGUGUAGCCACGCUCAUUAAUUUGUAAACGUUUGAGUUGGAGAAAAUUGUUGAUUUGAAGUUUUUGUUUUUGUUCAUUUCGUUGUUGUCGCGGUAGAUACUACUAUAACUUACUAAGCUAUUAGUACUUAGCUCUAGCUUAUCUAGCUAAUAACUAAAGAGUUAACUAACUGUCGUUUUUUUUUAGCUCUCACAGUUGUUAUCCAAGUGUGACUGUUUUGGUAACUCUGCGCUGAUCGGAACCUUUGCGUGGCGGUAUGUCUACAUACUUUACACAAUAUUAGCUAAACAGGAUAACUGUAUUCUUUUCAAAAUGGGUAUCAUCGCCAACCUAUUAGUAUUACAACUCAAAUGGCCAUCUACUUUGCCGGACUAGCA